AUGCCGGAGCGAAUAAGCAUUUCGGACUUCGUGGUGCUGACAAACGAGGAUUUGUCUUCGCCUGCGACUUCCAGCUUUCAGUCCAAAAUGAGCGAUUGUCGAAGCACGGUGUCAGCGGUGGAGGAGUGUCUAGAGAUGGAUAACACAACUCUUCAGAGGAUGAAGAAGAUGAUCAAAUCCAUACACACUUCUGGACUCUCCCAUGUCGAAAACAAGGAGCUGUAUACUGAAGUGCUGGAGAACCUGGGGAAUAGCCAUCUGACUCAGGACAACAAUGAAAUCUCCACAGGCUUCCUCAACUUGGCUGUUUUCACCAGAGAGGUCACAGCCCUCUUCAAAAAUCUGGUCCAAAACCUCAACAAUAUCAUGGCAUUUCCCCUGGAAAACGUGUUGAAGUCUGAACUCAGAGACGGCAGAUUAGAGCUGAAGAAACACAUGGAGAAGAGCUGGAAGGAUUACGACAUAAAAUUGGGGAAGCUAGAGAAGGAGAGGAAAGAGAAGACAAAGCAGCUGGGUUUGAUCAGGUUAGAGGGACCAGAUGGAGUGGAGGACAUGGAGAGAGAGCGGCGGAUCUUCCAGCUGCAGAUGUGUGAGUAUCUGUUGAAGAUCCAGGAGCUGAAGGUGCGUCAGGGUCCGGAUUUGCUCCAGAGCCUUAUCAAAUAUUUCCAGGCCCAGCACAGUUUCUUUCAAGAUGGACUGAAAGCAGCGGAAAACCUCACUCCCUUCAUUGAGAAGCUUGCCUCUUCUAUUCACACGAUGCGUCUGGACCAGGAUGAGGAGGUUAAACAGCUCACUCAAUUGAGAGACUCUCUCAGAUUACUUUUACAAGUUGAAGGCAAAGAAGAGUACCUGAACCGAAAAAACUCUGGCAAUGGCUAUAACAUCCACCAACCGCAGGGAAACAAAAAAUAUGGGACAGAAAAAUCUGGCUUCCUGCUCAAGAAGAGUGAUGGACUAAGAAAGGUUUGGCAGAAGAGGAAGUGUGGUGUCAAAUUUGGAUGUCUGACCAUUUCCCACAGUACGAUCAAUCGGCCACCAGCAAAGUUAAACCUCCUGACCUGUCAGGUGCGACCAAACCCAGAGGACAGGAGAACCUUUGACUUGGUCACUCGUAGUUGGGUGUCAGUGUUGCAGAAUAGUAAGGAGGAGGCUCUAAACACAGCGUUGGGAGGAGAUCAACUUCACCUCCAGGAUAGCGGGCUGCAGGAACUGUCCCAAUCCAUUAUCGCAGAGCUUCAACAGAUGCCGGGCAAUGAGGCGUGUGCGGAUUGUGGAGCUCCAGACCCAACAUGGCUGUCCACCAACUUGGGCAUCCUGACUUGUAUAGAAUGCUCUGGCAUCCACAGAGAUUUGGGAGUACAUUACUCCAGGAUUCAGUCACUCACGCUCGACCUGCUGAGCACCUCUGAACUUUUGUUGGCUGUUAGCAUUGGCAACAACAGAUUCAAUGACAUCAUGGAGGCAGGCCUCCCAAAUGACUCAGUCAAACCCCUACCACAAAGUGACAUGAAUGCCAGGAAGGAGUACAUAGUGACAAAGUAUGCUGAACGCCGCUACGUGCUGCGCAGAGAAGAGUCAAAUCCCGGCCGGCUGUAUGACGCCGUGAGGAGCCGUGACCUCACUUUGCUCCUACAGCUCUAUGCUGAGGGAGCCGACCUGGCUAAGCCACUCACACUCCCUGAGGGACAGGCAAAGGAUUUUCUUUACAUGUUAAAAUUUCCCCUCAUCAGUCCUGUUUUCUUCCUCUUGAAGGGGAUGAAAGAGACUGCUCUCCAUCUUGCUGUGCGUCUGGAGGAGAGAAGUUCUCUGGGGCUGGUGGAUUUCCUCUGUCAGAACAGCAACUGUCUAGAGAAGAGGACAGCAGAAGGGAACACAGCUCUGCACUACAGCGUCCUCUAUCACAAACCAGAAUCUCUCAAGUUGCUGCUCAAAGCAAAGGCGACCCUUCACACCGUGAACUCUGGUGGAGAAACAGCUUUAGAUAUUGCCAAAAGGCUUCAACAUGGACACUGCAUCGAGCUGUUGGAGCUGGCCCAGAGUGGGAAGUUUAACUCUCAGAUCCAUGUGGAGUUCAUGUGGGAGACGCAUGCUCAGGAGUUCUAUGACAGCGAGGAUGACUUGGAUGAAAGGGUAAGCCCAUUACCCAAAAACCGUUCUCCAUCAUCAAAUGGAAGUGGGAGUUCUUUCUCUGCUCGCUGGACUGGGACCACUGGUGCUAGUUCGGGUAGCAGGCCCUGUCAGAAUUACGAGAACCUCGACUUUUUGUAUGGGAAUACUCCAGCUAGUAGUCCCCCUUCUGGACCACCACCACUGCCAGCUAAAUCCAUCCAAAAAGGUCGCUCCGACCCCCAGAUAUCAUUCACCGCAUCAGAAGGCAACCUCCCCUCACGGCGCUGCUCUAACCCAUUCUCUCACUCAUCCAGCCCUCAGACACAAUCCAAAUCCAGUUUAUCUUCAUUAAACACAGAGAGCCAAGGCCAGAGUGUGAGACCCCCUAGGUCCCCGCACGGACAGGGGUGUCUGCAAAGGCCGCAGAGGCAGACAUGGGAUGGCCAGCCGAGUACUAGUUCUGGGUCUCAAAGCAGUUUUACGCUAACAACCUCUCAGAAUCACAUAGGACCUGUCAGUUCAGAGAAGACCACGUCUUAUCGCCGCACCAGCAGUGGAGGGGGCAGCCAAGCGAAGUGCAGUGCUGUGUCUCCCAGCUGUGUGGGCAGCCAGGAGGAGCUGUAUUGCAGUUUAGUGGGGAGCAGUUCCAGCUCGACCCCAGCCCCUGCUCCAGCCCCUUCAUCCUCACCUACAGUGACUUGUUUGCCACGACCUCGUAGGAACGCCAUGGUUUCUGGCAGCAGGCCACAGAAGCGUGUCAAGGCUUUGGUGGACUGCAGAGCAGUCAGCUCCGAGCAGCUUGCCUUUUUCAAAGAUGAAGUCAUUGUCGUGACGGCCACCAAUGACCCCCACUGGUGGGUAGGCCACAUAGAGGGGGAGCCUUCCCGGAGUGGGACCUUUCCUGUUAACUAUGUACAGAAAGUGACUGAGGGGGGAACACACUUCUGA